CGUGUCUUUACACCCGGUGCUUUUGCGUGGAUCUCGGCAGGCUCCGACCAUACGCUCGACCUCUACCGCAGCGCGCACCAGGGUCCGAAGUUUCGAGAAUGCACUGAGCCGGCUUCGGGAGCUUGCAGUGCCGCGUCCUCAAUUAGACGAGAGACGAGACGAUGGAUCCGAGUUCCCUGCUGCCACUGAUCCUCUUGAUCGCAUGGCUACCAGGAACGGCACUGGGGCAGCAGGGACCGAUUUUCGUCUUGGAGCCGCCGAGUACACUCGUCUUUUCGAAUACUACGGGAUCACAACUGAGCUGCUCCGCCCAUGGCAGUCCCACCACCCACGUUACGUGGAUCACCAGCCCGGAUCAGAGGACGGUUAACGCUGUUCCGGGACUCAGGCAGCUGCUGGGCAACGGCACACUCUACUUUCCACCAUUUUUGGCGCAGGACUUCCGCGCCGAAAUUCACAAUGCCCGCUACAGAUGCCGGGCGAGCAACUCCGUCGGCACCAUCCUCUCGAGGGAGGUUACUCUUCGGGCAGUGCUCACGGUGCCUGGAUACGAAGUUCGGGUAAAUCGUUCGCCAGUCGUGGAAGGAAACAAUGCCGUCCUGUCGUGCACCGCCCGCGAGGACAUCAAAGAGCAUCUCACCGUCACGUCUUGGUAUAGGGACGAAUCAAUUCUACUACCCGGAAGCACUGACACAGCUCUCGAGAUAAUUGAACAUGAAAGCACGCGCCUAUGCGAUCUUCACAUACCAAUCUGCUAA